AUGGUAGACAGGACGACGCACUGGGGUGCGCAGUUUACCUCAGAGAUCUGGAAUGCUGUGGCGGGGGGUUUGGGUGUCAAGUUGCACCGCACCACCGCAUACCACCCCCAGGCUAACGGACUGUGUGAACGAUUCCACCGCUCUAUGAAGGCUGCCCUUCGGGCCAGCCUGACGGACGGCAACUGGGUGGACAAACUGCCCUGGGUCAUGCUCGGCCUUAGGACCGCCCCCAAGGAGGAUCUGCAGUCCUUGUCUGCCGAGCUUGUUUACGGCCAGGCUUUGCGGGUGCCUGGGGAUUUUAUACCGGAUGCUACGAGACCUUGGUCUGCUAACGAACAGCGGUCCUCUCUGCGGGAGCACUGCUCCCCUGAGUCCCGGAUGCCCGCUGGCCUCCGCUCUGCGUCGUUUGUUUUCGUCCGCCACGACGCCCACCGUGGACCGCUGCGUCCCCCUUACGACGGCCCGUUUAAGGUUUUGCAGCAUGGGGACAAGAGCCUGGUUGUGGACAUUGGGGGCCCCACGCCGCGGACGCCCCCCAGUACUUUGUCCUCCUGGCCAGUCGGGAGUUCCUUCGACCGGGACGGUGCUGGCUGCGUCCCCCGCUUCCCUCCCCUCAGCCCCUGCCACUUGUACUCGGAGUGGUCGGGCCAUCAUUCCAUUCCGGAGUGGGGAUUUUGA